AUGCCCCCAGCCUACCCACUCAGGCGCGGAGCUUCUACCAUUCCCACUAUCAUCUCACUGUCGAAAGUCUUUCAUCUAGCUCCUUGCCUUCUUUCCCGGUCCUACUCUGCUUUUGGCGACAACGCUUUAGCUUCUCCGGGCAAGGGUCCUAUACAGCCAGAGGAUCCACCAGGUUCACCAAACUUUGUAUGGAAGCUAUGUUUUUCUGUUGCUCUUGUCCUCGCCGGUGGUGUCUUUGCAGGACUAACCCUGGCUCUGAUGGGCAGUGACGAUCUCAACCUCAGAGUACUCAGCACCAGCUCGGACGAUCCAAAGGAGAGAAAAGCGGCUCACAAGGUUUUACGAUUACUGGAGAAGGGACGACAUUGGGUUCUGGUUGUGCUUCUCCUGGGCAAUGUCAUCGUCAAUGAGUCUCUACCUAUAUUUCUCGAUGACGUCCUCGGUGGUGGACUGGCUGCGGUGGUGGUCUCAACCACGAUGAUUGUGAUCUUCGGAGAGAUCAUUCCCCAAGCGGUCUGCGUUCGAUAUGGUCUGGCUAUUGGUGGGGCGUGCGCACCACUAGUAUGGGGUCUUAUGAUUCUCUUCUCACCGAUCGCUUGGCCCACGGCCAAAUUGCUGGAUUAUGUGCUAGGACGAGAGGAAGGUCAUACGUACAAAAAGGCCGAGCUGAAGAGCUUUUUACAGUUCCACCGAGAAGGUCAAGAACCCUUGCGGGAUGACGAGAUUGUUAUUCUCAACGGAGUGUUGUCGCUCAACGACAAACGAGUGAAUGAGAUUAUGACCCCUAUCAAGGACUGUCUGACUUUGUCUUCCGAUACGAUCCUAGAUCACAAAGCGAUAGACCAAAUCUUACUCUCUGGCUUUUCGAGAAUACCUGUUCAUGAACCAAAACAGCCGGACAACUUUAUUGGAAUGCUUUUGGUCAAGCGGUUGAUACCAUACGACCCCGAUGAUUGUUGGCCGAUAUCAAAAUUCCCAUUACUCCCUCUUCCCGAAGCCAGGCCCGAGAUCAACUGUUUCCAAGCACUGGACUACUUCCAGACUGGUCGAGCACAUCUGUUGCUUGUCAGCGAGAAUCCAGGGCACAAAGGUGGUGUGCUAGGCAUUGUCAGUCUGGAAGAUUUGAUAGAAGAAAUCAUCGGCGAGGAGAUCAUCGACGAGACGGAUAGGUUUGAAGACAAUCAUUCUAAGAAAGCUGCGAAACGACGGGCGACGGCAGCUGUCAUGCGUGCGUUAAUCUCUCCGUGA